UAAAAGCGUGGAUUAUAAGCAUGUCUCUGUCACCAGCCAGUGGUAUUGGCCGUUUCUACGCCAAGUCGGCCAAGAUCAUACGCUUUGUUAGACUGGGAUGCACUAAUCGGCCUUUUUAUCACAUUGUCGUUAUGGAGAGGCGCAAAAACCAACACCAGCCUGUAAUUGAGCAGGUCGGCUCCUAUGACCCCCUGCCGAAUGAUCACAACGAGCGCCUGGUGGCCUUAAAUACCGAGAGGAUUCGUUUCUGGCUGGGAAAAGGUGCCCAUUUGUCUACACCGGCUGCCGAGCUGUUGGGAAUCGCCGGUCUACUGCCAAUUCACCCGCGCACCUACAUGACCGCCUGGCGGAAUCGAAGAACAGCCGCCGAAUCGGAGGCUAAGGCGGAAACAACCGCCUAGUUGUAGAUUUUGUUAAUAAAAGGUUCGUUUCUGUUUUACAUUCAA